AUGUACCAACUUACAGAGUUCAAAGAGUAUGUCUCCUCGUCCAAACUUUUCAAGAGAGUUGGCUCUCCAAUGAUCUCUUUAAACUUGGCUUGCGCGAGUCCUGGUAACCCACUGAAGCAUACUGUCAGUCUUUGUGAUGACAUCAUGGACCUACAAAGAAGAAUGUUCCCAGACUCCGAAAUAGCUGCGUGCAUGGCACUGAAGAGGAAACGAUGUGCUACCCUGGUUCAAGUCUUAGGGGAUCAUGCUUUAAAUGGAUUGGCAGCGAAGCUUCGGAAGUCUAAAUUUAGCAUAAUUAUUGACGAAACAACUGACUGUUCGGUAAAUAAAGCAUGCGCUGUAAUUGCUAAAUAUUUUGAUGUUGAUGAAUGCAAAAUAAAAACAUCUAUGCUAGACAUCAUAAACAUUUAUGAAGGGAAUCGGGGUUCAUCGGGGGAAUCUUUAUAUAACAUGAUUUUGAACUGUUUAAAUGCUUUACAAAUUCCAUUGAGUAACAUAAUAGGUUUCGCUGCUGAUGGUGCCUCAAAUGUAAUGGGUACUGUUAACAGCGUAUCAAGUAGGCUGAGACAGCAAAUGCCAGGCAUAACAAUAUUCCGAUGCGUUGCACACAGUAUUCACCUUUGCUCAAGUGAAGCAGCAAAGACACUGCCCCGAGUAUGUGAAGACCUCAUAAGGAAUAUAUACAAUUUUUUUUCUCAUAGUGCAAAACGCAAAUAUGAAUUUAGAGAAUUUCAAUAUUUCUGCCAGGUAAAACCUCAUAAGUUACUGCAUCCUUGUGCAACUAGGUGGUUAUCGCUUCAUCAAGCUGUUGCGAGAGUGUUAGAGCAGUGGCAGCCCCUCAAACUUUAUUUCACGCAAAUUGCAUUGGAGGAAAGAUUAACAUCUGUAGAACAAAUUCAUAACACACUUAACGACCCUUCAGUUUUUUGUUAUUUGGUUUUUUUGAACUACAUUCUACCACAACUCAAUAGUAUAAACAUAAUUUUUCAGUCAAAGGGACCCACACUCCAUCUCCUUCAUGACAAAAUAUCCAAUAUGUACAGGUUUACUACUGAAAAAACUGUUGUUUAUCCUCACAUAAUUGCAAAAACUCCACUACAUGAAAUUGACCCUGCAGAUGAAAAUAUUCAUGUUCCACAAUAA